AUGUGGAUAGUGGACGAACAGAAUGAUGGUGGACCAAGACGAGUUGAUAAUAGACUGAACUUGGAAGAUCAGGUAGCUGAUAUAUUCCAGAGAGCACAGAGCGGCGAGCCAUUUGGAACUAAAGACGACGUCAACGCUCUCAUAGAUAAACUCUGCGAUCAUAUUUACAGGAAAUUGCUCGAGGAGAGCUGGUGUCCAUGUGCUCGACAUUCAAAGAUUAACCAAAGCCUUACAGAGAAUCUAGAAGAUCCGAAAAUUGAUGACGAAGAAGGUUAUAUGCAACGUAUUCGUAGAAAGGUAUUGGAGAUACUUUCGGACUACCUCGCCACUUUCAAGAGUCAACUAUUCUCGAAGUACGGAUCAGAACCAACCGAUCAGUCAGAUAUAAAGGGAGAAGACAAAGAUACUGUGAGUGGAUGUGUUUCUGGUGAACCAAGCUCGUAUACAAUGGCAAACACUGACAGUUUCUUAAGUCGUGUGGAGAAAAAUUCUGGAAUUCAUUCGGUCACUAACACAAAUGUCUGCGGCAAUAGCUUAUCAGAUAUUUCCAUCAAUGAUUGGGUGAGCGUUGGGCGAUGUUUGUCACGUGAGAACUACUUCGACCAAUCACCGCGCUUAUCUGUUUCGGCUUCUCCCGCCACUUCGAGGUGGGGUGCUGAUCUCGAAGCAGAAUGCAGCUUUGGCGCCUAUCGUAAGACGCAGUCAUGCACAGCUGCAGCAACAUCAACCGAAGUCCGAACCGAGCACGAAGACACCCGAAGGCGCCCUCAAGGUGCAAACUAUGUGUUGUCUGAAGUUGAACAGAACACGAUGACGAGAGAGACCUUCAAGAAAACCUCAAACAAAAAGCUAAUUAAGAAGAGCCGGGGAUCAAUGGAAAAGCAGCAACAGAAAAUCGAAUCCUCGCCGCUUUUAACGGAAAAAGAAAACUUCCAUCCAAAUCAUUUUCGGUACGACAAGGACUCGGUCAAUGACAAGGGCACCAGUGUCAGACCAAAGGCGGGUGCUGCUAACGGUGACGGUAACAAUGGCACCAGUUCCUUAGAAAAGCCGGAAGUCCCAAUGAGUUACACCGGUGGAGUCCCAACACAUCUUUAUUACAACAGAGGAUCGGCUGAUUCUGUUACUCGAAAAAGAGCAAGCAACAAAUCUCCUGCGAUGGCGAAGAUGAGGAGGAAAGCAUCCGAUGUUGUACAGUUUUUGAAGCUGCUUCGAAAACCUCUAUAA